CAAUAUUUGGAGGCCACAUGCUAGGAGUAAAAUCAAUUAGUGGUUUAGCUUUCUAUGAUUGGGAAUCGUUGGAACUGGUUCGCAGAAUUGAAAUUCAACCAAAACAUGUUUUCUGGUCCGAAAGUGGUGAGCUGGUCAGCAUUGCAAACAUGAAUAUUUUUUAUAUUUUGAAAUAUAAUGCUGAGGCAGUAAGCAAAGCAAAAACAUCAAAACAGAAGUUCCAGAAGAAUGGUAUUGAAGAAGCAUUUGAUGUUCUUGGUAUGCAUCUGGAAUGUGUUAAAACUGGAUUGUGGAUUGGCGAUUGUUUCAUAUACACAAAUUCUGUUAAUAGGCUGAAUUAUUAUGUUGGUGGUGAAAUAGUUACCAUAUCUCAUCUUGACAGGGUGAUGUAUUUACUCGGGUACAUUCCAAAAGACAGCAGAUUAUAUCUUGGAGACAAGGAAUUGAAUGUUGUUUCUUAUUCUCUUCUGCUUCCUGUUCUGGAGUACCAGACAGCAGUUAUGCGCCGAGAUUUUGAAACUGCUCACAAUGUUCUGCCCUCAAUUCCUUGGGAGCAACGUACACGUGUUGCUCACUUUUUAGAAAAACAAGGGUUCAAAUCUCAAGCUUUAGUGGUUUCUACGGAUCCAGAUCAUAAAUUUGAACUUUCUCUUCAACUUGGAAAUUUGAAAGUUGCAUAUGGUUUGGCAAAAGAAGCAAUGUCUGAACAGAAAUGGAAGCAGCUUGCAGAACUUGCCAUGGCAAAAUGUGAAUUCCAAUUGGCCGAAGAAUGCUUACAUUACGCUAAAGAUUAUGGAGGGUUGCUUUUGCUUGCUACAUCAUCUGGAAAUGCGAGUAUGGUGGAAAAACUGGGUCAAAGUUCUGAGUUAGGUGGCAUCAAUAAUGUUGCAUUCAUAUCAUAUUUUUUACUUGGAAAGAAAGAAAAGGCUUUAAAUAUGUUAAUACAAACUAACCGGCUACCAGAAGCUGCUUUUUUUGCACGCACCUAUUUGCCAAGUCAAGUUUCAAGGGUUGUUAAAUUAUGGAAGGAAAGUUUGAAAAAAGUGAAUGAAAAAGCUUCUACUGCCCUAGCUGAUCCUGAUGAGUAUGAGAAUCUUUUCCCUGCUCUGAAUGAAGCAGUAAAAGCAGAACAAUUUUUAAAACAAAGUCAAGUUCGACAACCUGCAUCAAGCUAUCCAUCAACAACGUCUAACUAUGAAAGGAAUCCUGUUGAGGAAAUGAAAGAAGCUGAAGCAUCUGGUAAAUUUGUAUAUAUUGCUGAAGAUGAUGCUACAGGAAGUCUUCAUUCACUGUCAGAAAGUGGAGGAGAUGCAUUUUCGGAACAGUUCAUAUCUGCAUAUAAAGGCUCUGAAAGUAUAGCAGUUGAGCAACAAUAUUCUCAAGUAAUCAAGCCUGAAGCUGUGGUUUAUACAAAAGAAUCUGCUCCUACAGAAUCAGCCAAAGAAGAAUCAUUUGCGGAGUUAAGUAUUGAUGAAAAUGAAAUGGAGUUGGAACUUGAUAUAAAAAAUCUUAUUCUGGAUGAAACUAUUGAAAAUGAAAUAAAUAUUGAUGAAGACUUACUCAGUGAAGAUUAAAUACAUUUUGUGCAAAUUUUUAAAUCUGUUAUUUUUCUUAUAAAUGAUGAUUCUGCCAUCAAGAAUGAACAUCAAUUUGAAUCUUCUUGGAAGCAGUUUGACAAGUAUACAACUUGGAACUGUCUUGAACACCCAUUCUUCAUUUUUCACUUUUCACAUACAAAUGAAAUAGAACUUUAGAAAAAUGAAAUUAAUAUUUAUGUGUUGUUUUUUAAAUCAUAGUUUUUAUGUGUAAGUAUGUAAACAUUACAUUUAUGAGGUGGAAAAAUAAAGUCUAU